CGUAGCUUAAUUUCCAUCAUCACUAGCCAUCCCUCCGACAAAGCGCCCAUUUGGAAUGGGCCCUUAAGUUCUUGCUGCCUCUUCCAGGAUGACUUCGCGCCUGGUCCUGGUCAUUGGUGACCUCUUCAUCCCCGACAGAGCCCCCGACCUCCCGGCCAAGUUUCGGAAACUCCUGACGCCCGGCAAGAUCGGCCAGAUCCUCUGUCUCGGCAAUCUCACCGAUCGAAGCACUUUCGAGCUCCUCCGGCAGGUCGCCCCAGACUUGCAAUUGGUCAAAGGAGACUUUGAUGUCGACUCUCCCAACCUCCCUCUCUCCAAAGUCGUGACUCACGGUAGUCUUCGCAUCGGCUUCACUCAUGGCCACACCAUCAUCCCCCCCGGGGACGCCGAUGCUCUGCUCAUCGCUGCACGCCAGAUGGAUGUAGACAUACUGCUGUGGGGCGGCACUCAUCGUUUUGAAGCCUUCGAACUGGAAGGCAGGUUCUUUGUCAACCCGGGAAGUGCUACCGGAGCCAUGAGCACGGGGUAUUGGCCGGAAGGGGAGGAGCCGACCCCGAGUUUCUGUUUGAUGGAUAUCCAAGGCGAUGUUCUGGUGUUAUAUGUUUACCAGUUGAAGACGGACGCCAAUGGGGUUGAGACGGUCGCGGUCGAGAAAGUAUCUUUCCGCAAGAACAAUUUCCCAUCUUCAUGAGUUGACGCUUCUAUAAUUCCCCCUUGUACAUACCAUAGAACCAGGCACGAUAAUGAUGUUCUUCAGAUCAGUCUAUGAGGAUGUUUGUAUUUGUUAAUUGAUUGAUACUUGUGUACAACUGUUCUCCG